AUGGCAGCAAGAGAGCCUGUAGCAAUGCAACAAGGUAUUCAGCAAGUUCCGCAAUUCAUGAUGCCGCCCACGGCAUAUACUGGGCCAAUGUCUACUAACAUGGUCUAUUUCAAUCCACCUGUGCUUCAGCAACAGCCGUCUAUUGGGCCACAGUUUGCCCCAGAGCAUCUCAAUAAAUAUCGUCGUCUCAACUCGAAGCCCGCAUUCCACCCUCUGCGGGAAGGUUUCAGGCAACAUACUGUCGACCAAGGUUUUCGACAUAAUAUUACCCAUUAUCCUGCACAACCUCCGAUGCUUAAUUCUCGUCAUUCUGAGGAUGUAAGGUAUGGCGGACAUCAAUCUCUGCUGCCUGGUAAUUAUAGACCUCUUCUUGGAAUACCAAAUGCUGAUCAGCAAGUCAUGCCUGACCCGCCCCAAACCGGCAUGGUACCAGCGUUCCCUUCUCUUGAUUACCAUCGGCAGAAUAUCAAACUUGAGCAUAGCGACAGUAUGCAGCACUUUCCGCCAAUUCCAGCCCAUGAAGUCCCUGUGCAUACGCCAAUCGGUCAGACACAGACUCAAGCCCCAGGCUCCAACGGACUUCAAGAACUCAUCAAACAUCGUAUUCAAAACCUCGGUAAUAUCGACUCUUGCGAAGAAGGCGUUUUAGAGACAUUGGAAACGCUUAGGCGAGCAAUUCUUAAGCUUAAGAAGUUAUACGCCCAGGCACAGAUAAACGCCUUACCAGCAACAGCGGAUGCAGGUUCCAUUCUUCUCGACCCUCAGAUCUGGGAUAUUCACGAACCAGUUGCGAUUCCAACAGACAGCCGACGGGAAGUCGCAGGUGGGGAAGCCCGUCGGAACGCUGCUGAAGAGUAUUCGACAGCACGCCCGCCACAAGGUGCUUCUCUCAAGCGGUUAAGAACACCAGACCCUGAACCUGAGCGAGCCCAAGUGUCAUCUCCAGCCCGCUCCCCACAGGUCUCAAAGCGCUCAGUGACAUACUCUGCUCCAAGGACAUUCACUUUUGUCACGACCGCACCUUCAAAUUCUGGAGCUACUGAGCCUCAAGUCUGGGGACGACCCAACGUACGCUCAAUUGACGACCGAACAGCAAAGAAGGAUUCGAAAGCUUUGCUGAAUCGGUCAACAAAACGAUUAGAACCCCAGGGUGGCAAUUUCUUAUCCUCCAAUUCAUCAGUGGUGGCGGAUGGCUCAUUCAAGGAGACCGAAGGAGAUACAAUGACAAUUCAAACCGAUAUAGAGGACGAGGAUCCCGCAAACUUGAACGUCCUUAAAUCUCCAGUACAGCUCGCGGCCACGUAUCGCCGGGCAGAGGAUAUCCUCAAUAACGUCGACACCGCCCGUCCGAUGCUACCAUUCAACAGCAUAUCCCGGCGAUCGCAGGAGCAAAAUUGGUCGGAGAACGAAGCCGGAGCUCGAACUUACGUCGGAGCUGACGGUGGACAAAAAGAGCCAGACGUAAACACCAACACUCAGGUCGACAUUACUAGCGGUACACAAGAAAAUCCGAUCGUGGUUUCACCAUCGGAAUGUGGAAGCACCACGCAGCUUCCGCAGAGUCCUCAUGCCCAACGCAGAUCAGCGACGCGUCAUCCAUACUCUGACUUCCUGCUCCCACGGGGAGAGGAGCCGCCAAAGCAUUUCCAAAAGACGCUGUGGGCUAAGGAGUGGAUGCCGGGCAAGGCAUGGCAAAUUUGGUAG